AUGGUUGACAAGCAGCUAAAGAUGCUCAGAAUGAAAGGAUCUGAAAUGAGAAGAAGCUCUCUCUCGCCUUUCGCGUCUUUGUCAUUUUCUCUUUUGUCCCCUCUCGACAUCUCUCACAAACUAAAACUCCAAGUUGGUUCUUUCCCUCGAUUUCCCUCUAGCUUCACCAUCUCCACUUCCACCUCAUCCUCCCACAUUUAUAUCUCAUCUCUUUUUCUUUAUUUCCUCUGUUCUGCUCCUCCAUCUCUACACUUCUCAUCACAGCCUUAUACACCAGAGUCUUCGAUUUUUCGCUACCAUACUUCGCUUUUAUCUUUGUCUAAAAAGAAUAAUAAAAAAAGAAAUAAAAUAUAA